GGUCCUGGCAGACGGGAACCGCGUCCCCCAGCACGGCCCAUGGCCUCACCGCGCCUGGGGACUUUCUGCUGCCCCACGCGGGACGCGGCCACGCAGCUCGUGCUGAGCUUCCAGCCGCGGGCCUUCCACGCGCUGUGCCUGGGCAGUGGCGCGCUCCGCCUGGCCCUCGGUCUCCUGCAGUGGCUGCCCAGGCGCCGGUCUGUCGGUCCUGUGGCCCAUUCGACCUCCCCGUCGGCCUCUGUCAGCAUCCUGCGCGCUGUGACAGCCUGCGAUGUGCUUGGUUGCUUGGGUAUUAUAAUUCGGGCCACCGUGUGGUUGGGAUUCCCGGCUUUCGUUGAAAACAUCUCCGUGGAGAAUGGGACAAGCGUCUGGCCCUCUGCUUUCUGUGUGGGCAGCGCGGUGUGGAUCCAGCUGCUGUACAGUGCCUGCUUCUGGUGGCUCUUCUGCUAUGCGGUGGAUGCCUAUCUGGUGAUACGGAGAUCGGCAGGACUGAGCACCAUUCUGCUCUACCACCUCAUGGCGUGGGGCCUGGCUGCCUUGCUGUGCGUGGAAGGAGCGCUGAUGCUGUACUAUCCAUCUGUGUCCAGAUGUGAGCGGGGUCUGGAGCACACCAUCCCCCACUACCUCACCACGUACUUGCCGCUGCUGCUCGUCCUCGUGGCGAACCCCGUUCUUUUCGGGAAGACGGUGAGUGCAGUGGCCUCUUUGCUAAAAGGAAGACAAGGUGUUUAUACGGAGACCGAGAGACGGAUGGGAGCCAUGAUCAAGAUACGGUUUUUCAAAAUCAUGCUAGUUUUCGUCGUUUGUUGGCUGUCUAAUAUCAUCAACGAAAGCCUUUUAUUCUAUCUUGAAAUGCAACCUGAGUUGGAUGAAGGCUCCUUCAGUCGCAUCAGAAACGCAGCCAAAACCACAUGGUUUAUGAUGGGGAUGCUGAACCCAGUGCAAGGCUUUCUCUUGUCCCUGGCCUUCUACGGCUGGACAGGCUGCAGCCUGGGUUUUCGGUCUGCGAGGAAGGAGAUUCAAUGGGAGUCCAUCACAGCCUCUGUGGCCGAGGGUGCCUACCCAUCUGCGGUGGGCUCCCGUGUGCCCUGUGCAAAUCCUGCCUCCGGGAAGGUGGUGUGUGUGGGCGGAUACACUUCGGAUGAGGCCCUGAGCAUGCUGUCUGCAGGUUCCGAUGGCAGCACUCUUGAAAUCCAUACUACCAGUGGGUCUCGCCAUGAAAAUGAGGCUGACUCGACUCUACUGAUGUCAUAG